AUGGCAAAGACUCUCAAUUCCAUCUGCUUCACCACUCUUUUGGUCGUCGUCUUGUUAAUUUCCACCGAAAUACCGAAGAGCGAGGCGACAUGUAAGAAGUUUUUAGGCGAAGCCCCAGUUUACCCAUGUAAAGAAAAAGCUUGUGAAGCCGUAUGUUCGGAACAUUACUACGACUCGUGUAAAGGAGAGUGUGAGAAGCAUGACUACGAAGAGCAUUGCCACUGCUACGGGAAAUACUGAAAUUUACAAGUAAACUCGUAUCGAGUAACAAAAGAAUAAGAUCAUAUAUCUCUAUAGCGUAAUGUAAGUGUGGUAUGUUCGAACUAAUGGUAUGUGUGUGUAACAGUGUUAAGAUAUACUUUAAAGUAAAAUAAUGGGGCAAAUCUAAUGAGUGCUUCCCUCCUAACUCUAUAAAACCUAAAAAGAUCAUGUUGUAUGCUGUUUCCUUUUAAUAAUACAAUUGCUUUUUUUGUGUG